UCCAUACCACUAAAUGCCAAAUAUUAUUAUAAAAACACAGAAGAAAUGAAAUGCAAAAUAUUAUGAAUGUGUUCUACAAAGGUUCACAGAUCUAUUUUGCUCUCUCUUGCUUCAAUCACACAAUCAAUACUCUUUCAUGGCUGCUUCUUCUUCUUCUUCCUCUUCCUCUUCUCCUCAAACAGACACAUGCCUUAACUUCAUCACUCAUCUGCUUAAAGCUCUGAAAGACGCCAUGAUGAAUGUCUUCUUUCAUGAUGAAAUACCGGAGCCACUUUCUCCAGCAAGUGCCUCUUCUACUCGAUUGAAGCAUCAGGUUUUCUUGAGCUUCAGAGGUGAAGACACACGCCUUAAUUUCACUGCUCAUCUACUCAAAGCUUUGAAAGAAACGGGAAUGAAUGUUUUCUUCGAUGAAGAAACACUAGAAAAAGGGGAGCAACUUUCACAAGCACUUUCUCGAGCAAUUGCAGCCUCAAAUCUCUCAAUAAUUGUGUUGUCGGUAGACUAUGCUUCUUCAAAAUCAUGCCUGGCCGAACUCUCCGACAUCAUGCGCCGCAAGGACACUCAAGGACAUAUUGUUCUUCCCAUAUUUUACCAUGUUGAUCCUUCUGAUGUGCGGAAUCUUGGUGGUAGUUUCAAAAAAUCCUUCAAUGGCCAUGGUUCAAAUAGGCUACCUCAAGUACAACGAUGGAAAACUGCCUUUGCUGAAGUCGGUAAAUUAAAAGGAUGGCAUAUAGAAGGAGGCAAAUUCGACAGACCUGAAACUGAGUACAUCAAGGAUAUUGUUGAAUAUGUUAUAAAGAAGUUGAUGAGUGGCAAGUUUAAAAGUGCUUCUGCAGACUUAGUUGGAAUAGAUGAUCAGAAGCAGACGAUUUUGAGGUUAAUUGAGCAGGAAGACAGUCGUCUAAUAGGACUUUGGGGACAAGGUGGUAUAGGCAAAACUACCCUCUCUGAUGUUAUAUAUAAUGAAAUCUCUCAUAACUUCGAAAAUACUUGCUUCCUUCUAAAUGUUAGAGAGAAAUUAAAACAACAGGGGAUGGAAUCUUUGCGAAACCAACUUCUUUCCGAACUCUUAAACCAAGAAAUUCAUGUAGACACCCCCUCAAUUGGGUCAACUUUAAUCCAAGAGAGGCUAAACAAUAAAAGAGUAUUUGUUGUCCUUGACGAUGUUAAUGACUCAGACCAAAUAGAUUGUUUUGGUGUUAAACAUUUUGGUGAUGGAAGUAAAAUCAUUGUAACAUCUAGAGAUAGACAAGUACUUAAGAAUGGAGGUGUUGACAAAAUACAUAAGGUAAAGAAGUUAAAUGACAAUGACUCUCUCCAACUUUUUUCUACAUUUGCAUUUAAACAAUUGAAUCCCGCUGCUGAGUUUCAAGAUCUAUCGAAAAAGUUUGUAGAGUAUGCCCAAGGAAUUCCGCUUGCUCUUAGAGUUUUGGGUUCUAAACUAUAUAAAAAGUCUAGAGCAGAGUGGGAAAGUGAGGUGGAUAAACUAAAUGAAUAUGACCAACCAAAAAUUUCACAGAUUUUGAGGAGUAGCUUUGAUGACUUGGAUGAAGUAGAGAAGAAUAUAUUCCUUGAUAUUGCAAUCUUCUUUAAAGGAACAUUCAGAAAAGAUGUAGAAAAAAUUCUAAGUUGUUGUUAUAAGGGUGUUGUGAGUGGAAUAAGCAACUUGAUCGACAAGUGCCUACUUGAUAGCACACCUUAUAUUGAAUGGAUUUUUAUGCAUGAUAUGCUUGAAGAGAUGGGCAAGGACAUUGUUCGCAAAGAAUCUAUAGACCCUGAAAAACGUAGUAGGUUAUGGGGUGCUAGAGACGUGUUUCAAGUGCUCAGAUAUAACAAAGGAAUUAAUCGAAUUGAAGGAAUGAAGUUAGAUAUAUCUCAAAUUGAUAACCUACGGUUACAUCAUUCUAUUUUUGAGGGAAUGAUUAAUCUUAAAGUUAUCUUCUUCUACACUCAUGGUUUUUUUUGGGAGAAGUGUCCGGCAGAGAAGUUUCUUGCAGACCAAGUUGAUAGUGUAUCUCUUCCUGAAGAGCUAAGGUAUCUUCAUUGGGAUUAUUAUCCCUUCAAAUCUCUAUCUGGUUUUAAUCCAAAGAAUCUUGUUGUACUGAAAUUAAUACGUGGCGAUAUAGAACAUCUUUGGAAUGAUGAUGAUCAUCAGGAUCUAGUUAAUUUAAAAGAAAUUAAUGUUGCUGAUUGCAAGAAUUUAAGGAAGAUUCCUAGUCUAUUAGGAGCAAUCAACCUUGAAAUCCUUGAGUGUAGCGGGUGUGAAAGUUUGGUCGAACUUCCUUGGCUCAAUCAUUUGACAUCACUUAAAAAACUUGGACUUACAGGAUGUUGUAACCUCAAGACGUUUCCUGUGAUCCCAAAACACUUUCCUAUUUUAGAAGUAAGUGAUUCAAAAAUAGAAGAAGUGCCUGAUUCAAUUGAGCAUCUCGUCGGACUUAUAAAGUUGUGCUUGAAAAACUCCAAGGUCAAUAUUGUAUCAAGCAAUAUUUCAAAGUUGGAAUCACUUCAUGAUCUGGAUCUUAGUCAUUGCCCAAUAGCCGAAUUCCCAAAAAUCCCAAGAAGCUUGACAGAAUUAAACUUAUCUGAAACUCAAAUUGAAGAUGUGUGCUUGUCUAGCGACACUCCAAGCAAUCUUCAGAAGUUAGAUAUGAGUGGCUCAAGGGUGAAAAAUGUAUCCAUCAAGAUGGAUUCCCUUCGUGAUCUGAAUCUUAGUCAUUGCCCAAUAGUCAAAUUUCCCGAAAUCCCAAGAACCUUAACAAAAUUGAACUUAUCUGGAACUCAAAUUGAAGAGGUGUCCUUGUCUCUCGACUCUGUAGGCAAUCUUCAAACGUUAGAUAUGAGGGGCUCAAGAGUAAAGAAUGUAUCGAUCAAGAUGGAAGCCCUCCGUGAUCUGAAUCUUAGUCAUUGCCCAAUAACCGAAUUCCCAGAAAUCCCAAGAAGCUUAAGAGAAUUAAAUUUAUCUGGGACUCAAAUUAAGGAAGUGACCUUGUCUUUAGACUCUCUAAAUAAUCUUCAGAUGUUAAAGAUGAGCUGCUCAAGUAUUCAAAAGCUACAAUGCAAUAUCAUCCUGUUCGGUUCAAGAGAGAUUCCAACAGUCGAUGUGUCCUCACCAAUCUUGAUGUCUAAAAGCAUUUAUAAGUUGCAAAUGGAUCAUUGCGAGAGUCUUAAAUUACUCUCAGAGCUUCCACCAUAUACUCCGUACUUGGAUGCACAUGGCUGUACAUCACUAGAAAAAGUAUCAUUUACAGAUCUUGAUCCUUUAGAUGAUGAUGUUGUCGACUGGUUUUACAUGUUGUUUUGUAAUUGCUUCAGCUUGAAUCAAGAUUCAAUUGAUAACAUUGAGGCAAAUGCCAUGCUCAAAAUUGGAUACCUGGCAGAGAAACAGAGAUUGACAUGGGAGUAUCGUUAUCUUCCAUAUAGAUUAUUUUGCUGUUUCCCAGGAAACAAAAUUUCAACAAAUAAGUUCGAGCAUCAGAACACGAGUUCUUCGUUAGUUUUGAAGAUAGCCCCAAAUGGGUCCAGUGGGAGCAGAUUCUUGGUCUUUUCCAUCUGCCUUGUGGCUGAUCUCACGCGCUGCCACCACCAUGAAUAUCUUAAAUUUAUCUGUAAAUACCAAUUGACAACUGCCAGUGGUGGUGAUUAUGAAAAGUUCACAAGUCAGUGGAGUUCCUGUAUAGACCUUGAGGCGGAGAGGAAGUAUAUGGGUGAUCAUGUGCUGAUUCUGUUUAGUGAGGAUAUGGUUAAAAAAGACGAGGAUUAUGAGGGGGCUUCAUUUGAAUUCUACAUUGAAAAUCCCAAUUUCAAUGUAAAACGAGAAGAAAUUGAAGAAGAAUAUAUAAAGGUGGAGAAAUGUGGUGUACAUGUAUCUUAUAUGGAUGAAGAACCCAGCACCACCCCCACAACAUAAAAGUCCUAGGCACACUUAAGCACUAAACUUAAUUCUUCAGUUGCAUAAGGAAUGAGGAUGACAGAACAGGGACAAUGGGGAAUGGAAAAUCUUCGGAGCUUUGAUGAUGCCACUGCUUAAUUGGAGUUUUAGCCAUAUAAGGAGGAACAACUAAGCUGUAAGAACUUUAACUUGUUUUACUGAAUUCUUGCUUUAUACAAGUGUUUGAACUGAGAUUUUGAGACAACGCAAGUUGGUAACAGAUUUGCCGCCUUCAUUCUAUUCAACAUGGUGCAACUUAAUAUUUUCUUUUCCUGGAUUUUGAUUAUCAUAUCAAUUUGGGCUUAAAUUUCAUUGUAUGUAACUGCCUCUCAAGUUGUUUGAGCAUUGUAGUGAGGAGAUAUUUAAGAUUCAUACUGACUAGUUGUGGAUUGGUUUUAAUUCAUAGGGAAUUAAUGGUACUGUAGCGACGUAAAAAUUUUGGUUUCGGUCACUAAUUGUGGCGAUUUAGUGAAAACUUGGAAACUGAAGUUUAAUUUUUUUUAAAGAAGGAGUUGCCACCGAUCUUUUUCUAGGUGUGAUUGGACACCUAAUAAA